AUUGAAGCUGUUUCAGGUAGUACUUUUCAUUUUUCAUUUUUCAUGGUGCAGUUUAAUUUUUUCAUACAUGCAAGAACCAGGAUUCACAUUCGCUCUUUUGAUGUGGCACUACAGGUAAAAAACUGAGAGGGGUUUUGCACGAGAUUCUAAAUCCGAAUUCAAUUUUGAACCUUCAAAAACAACAGCGAGCGCAGGAGAAUGGCAUCGACGAGGAUGGUGCAGCUCCACCAGCAGAUAUCUUACCGCCAAACCUCACUGAAGCUCCCGCUAUGUCUAUUCUGGGUGUCCCCGACCUUUUCGUCGAGGCGGCACAUCCACUCUCAGCUGUCCACGGCUAUUUUCACACUGCCUUGCUUGAGUCUGAAGCUUUCCGACGAUGGAAAAUCGAUACAAACGACGUUGACCGUCUUACCGCUUUGACCUGUACCAGUAGUAACCUGCUGACACAAGCUUGCGGGUGC